CAUUGCAAAUUUGCAACAUUCUGAACACUAAACAGUUUGAACUUUGCUAAUCUGAUUGAGCUGCAGCUCCAAACAUAGUCAACUCACUCUCUCCAUAACAAUGGAGGAAGACAGGUUGAAUUCGCCCCAUACUUCAGCAAUCUCACUUGAAAUUUUUGGUCAUCAACUUCAAUUUUCUCAGGACCCCAAUUCCAAGCAUCUUGGUACUACUGUGUGGGAUGCAUCCAUGGUAUUUGUCAAAUUUCUGGAAAGAAAUUGCAGAAAGGGUAAGUUUUGCCCUGCAAAAUUGAAAGGAAAACGUGUAAUUGAACUUGGAGCUGGUUGUGGAGUAGCUGGAUUUGGCAUGGCGAUGCUGGGAUGUGAUGUUGUUACAACGGAUCAGGUUGAAGUUUUGCCACUGCUCAUGAGGAACGUUGACAGAAAUACUUCAAGAAUCUUGCAAUCACAUCUGCAGACAAUAUUCUCCUUAUCAGGACCCAAAACUACCAUUUUGUUGGGAUAUGAGAUUCGAAAUAUGGUUGUUCAUGAACAAAUGCUUCAAAUAUGGAAGAGCAACUUUGAGGUGAAAACUGUCCCGAGAGCAAAGAUGGACAAUAAAUAUCAACAUCCCAGUAUCCAUCUUUACAUUAUGGGGUCAAAGGCUCAACAACUCGAAGUGGAGAAAGAGGGCCAGCACCAUGAUGUAGAGGUCCCAGAAGUUGGAUCUACAGAUAAGCAUGGAAACGAUGAGGAUUCUGAGAGUUGCAGUGGAGUAGAUGAGUCAGAAGAUUGUUCGAGUAAGGAAGUUCUCGAGGACACAAAAAAAGGAGCAGGACUUGAAGGCGGGAAACUUGAUGACUGGGAAGCUAGAAGAUGUGGUGCUAUGGCUGCUCGACUUCUACGAGACAUCAAGAUUACUUAAAGCUUCAGGCGUUUUUAUGUAUAAGUAUUUCUUCUUGCUUCUACGAUGCAGAGUUGCAAGUAGUUUUCCAUCAGUUAAAAACUAUUUGCCUCUUUCUGUUUCAUUGCUGUGUUGCAGACAAGUCGGGAGAGUUACAAGCAAUUGCCAUUAUAUUCUAGCUCACUAGCCAGCUCAAUUUGAUGUUCAUUUAGGAAAAUGGGAUCCUUCGCGACUAUGUAGAAGACAACCUCCUUGGCAUGACUCUCUUAUGAAUUAGAGAUGAGAGCGGCACUUCCCAAAGCUUGCAUACAUUAGUGAUUAGUUAGCCAGAUGAGUUAAUAUUAUGCCACCAGUUGAAUGGGCCUGGACAUUUCAACAUUUCUGUGCUUCUUAGUCAGCUGUUGUUUUAGCGUUUCUUUGUUCUACUCAUGGCAGUAGAUUUUUCUGCUGCCAUGUAGACAAAGUGUUUAAUCAGAAGUCGGUUAUUGUGGUAAUGUAAGACCAAAAUGGCUAAUAAUACCCUGUUUUUUCUUUGCA